AUGCCCACUACCCACGUCGCUCCCGAGUCCCAGGACGAGCUCAGGGAUAUUGCAAAUGGGCUUCUAAAGGCGCGCAAGGUCAUAGUCGUCACUGGGGCUGGUAUCAGCACGAAUUCCGGCAUUCCUGACUUUCGUUCCGAGAACGGUCUCUACUCGUUAAUCAGUACGCAGCUCGACGCGGCACAACAGGCGCGUCUACAGGAAAACACCGCCAACGAUGAACCAUCCGACUCCGAUUCUCGACCAGCACCCAAGAGAAGGAAAAUACUGCGCGAUGAAUACCUAAAACCAGAACAAGACUUGGGCGAGACAAAGGACGAGAUCGAAGUUCAACUCGAAGACCCUGACCCAGUAGAAGAAAAGGUCGCGGACUCGAUCCAGGUCGAGGGUGACCAUGAAGACGAAGAGCAACCAGAAGAUCCAGAUGCGGUGCCCUCGAUAAAUCCUAGGACAACACGUUCAACGAUAGCUGUGGCUCAGCCGCCAACUUCUCCGCUAUCCUCGCCUCCGCCUGAAGAUUUCCGCAUUACACCACCCUCUGUUUUCAGGAGAGCGCGAAGGAGUCACUUGCACGAUUCAGAAAUUCCGCCCAGUUCGUCGCCUCUAUCAUCACCUCCUCCAGUUCUGUUUGAGCCGUUCUCAUCUCACGCGUCGGAGGAAGAUGGACCAGGCAGUCGCAGCAGUACAUCACCGUCUGAAGUAGACGACACCCCGCCUUCACUCCCACCAAACUUAUCACAAACAAAUCUUGGCACGGGCAAGAAUACGCUACCCAACAUGAAGGGGAAGGACAUGUUUGACGCAUCAAUAUGGGCGGACCCUCUGAGAACAUCCGUGUUUUACACAUUUGCAACCACUCUACGCCAAAAAGUCAGAGACGUAGAGCCUACGAGUUCACAUCGAUUUAUCAGCCAUCUAAGAGAUCGCGGGAAGCUUGUUCGUUGUUAUACCCAAAAUAUUGAUCAGAUUGAGGAAAAGGUUGGGCUUUCGACAUGUCUCACCGACGGACCUGGCAGCCGCGGCCGCUUUUCUCGAAAGUCAACCGCCAAUUUGAACCAACUGAACAGAAUGGUCGAUGAGGUUAACGCCAUGACCGAGGCCAAUUCAGACAGAUCACAGCCGCCAUCAGACAAUGAGGCUAGCCAACAAUCACAGCCAAGCCAACCGAGACCGGAUAUCAUGAUGGCUUCUCAAGCUGAAUCGGAUACGGGCGCACCGGAAGAUGCAAUGACCACAGUGCAGAACCUCCGUCGUGACCUUCCAAAGUCAGGUGUUGAGUGCGUUUUUCUUCACGGCUCGCUGGAGCUCCUUCGGUGUUUUCUCUGUGGCCGUGUAUGCUCUUGGGACGAUGAUGGACGCCAGCUGGAAACAAUGUCAGGCCAACAACCUGAGUGUCCCCACUGCGUCGGCGCUACCGUUGCUCGUGAGGAACGUGGAAAACGGCCUUUGGGUGUUGGCAAGUUGAGGCCUGACAUUGUGCUCUAUGGUGAAGAACAUCCCAAUGCACACCUGAUUAGCCCAAUUGUCACCCACGACUUGGCUCUGUGCCCAGAUUUGCUGCUCAUCCUCGGUACCAGCUUACGAGUUCACGGCUUGAAAGUGAUGGUCAGAGAGUUUGCAAAGGCAGUCCAUGCAAAGGGUGGAAAGGUGGUGUUUGUCAACUACACCAAGCCUCCCGAGAGUUCAUGGGGCGAUGUCAUCGACUACUGGGUUGAAUGGGAUUGCGACGCUUGGGUAUCCGACUUGCAAGAAAAGGUACCCAAGUUAUGGCAAACCCCCGAUCCUCCCAAGCUCAAAAAGAAACGUGACUCAGGUGGCGUAGGUGAAGAAGGCGAAAAGAUGGAUGCUAAACGUUGUACCGCCGCCAACCCCAUUGCUCUCCGCGAUACAAAGGCUACGGGGGCCUAUUGGGUUCCCAAGAUAAUAAGAGACCUUCACAAGAUAACCAGACAUUGUCCUCUGGAUCCCAGAGAGGUAGUCACACCGGUCAUUGUGGCUGCACCGAUCGAGACUCCUGCAGCUCCUGCUGAACCUGAACCAGUGGAGGUACUGCAAAACAAGCCGAUCGCAAUUCCGAAAAGAUCUAAGCGGUCUCGCAAAUCUGCGCCAGGCACUUUGGAAAGAUCGAAGAAACCUCCAUCAACAUUGAAUCCCAAUCAUGGCCGGACGCUUCGCAGUACUGAAACUGCUGAACCCCCCAAGGAUGAGGAAACUGAAAUACCCUUUAGCCACAUUCUAAGGCCCGAGAGAUUCAUCAAAGAGAGUUCGAUCAUUGAUUCGGUUAAAGGGCGCGUUAGGAAGCGCAGGAGGAUUGAUGGCGAGGAAGUCGAACUACCCUCAGUUGGCAGGCGCCAAUCAAGUCAGAAGCCUGCAGAGAUUGACAACUCGCUCCGAUUACCUCCAAUGAACCCACAACCACCGACUCCUCAUAAUAGUCCGCCUUUUGAACGCUUGGCACCAAUGGAGCCGCCGCACUGCGAGACUCCUCCAAAGUACUUCAUUAACGCGCAACUACAGCCUGUUUCACCAGUGGCUGCGCCUAAUCCAGGACCGCUGAAGCAAGUUUCUCAUAACACGAGUAGACGUGUUACACGCAGUCAAAGGUCUUCGAUGGGUCUUGAAGAGGCUCCCGCGCCGUUUGUGGCUGGGUAUCCUCCCCCAGAAAGAGCCCUUGGGUGGUGUUACAGUCAUCAAGGCUCUUACAGCCUAGUUAGGAAAACAGACUAUAGCCCGGCAGAGACGGGUGCGAUUGCAGCUUUGUCUAUGCUGAAGCAAGGUGAGGCCCGGAACUUUGUCCUUUCUCCGCAAAGUCGGGUGCAAACACGGUCGUCGUCAAGGUUAAGAAACGAGGGUGUCUAG